AAGCCCAAACCCAAUCUCGACCGUCUGGUCAAGAACAACCCUAAAACCCUAAUUCCCCUUUCCCAUUUCUCAUCCUACUAUAUAACCCUACUGUAACCCUAAUCCCCAUUUUAACCGAGCAUAAACGCAUCGUCUUGGCCUUUUGUUACUAAUACUACCAUCCCAAAAUGGCAGUGAAGCCCUCCAAAGCCGACAAGAAAAUCGCCUACGAUGCUAAAUUAUGUCAGCUCUUAGACGAGUACACCCAGAUCUUAAUUGCGGCAGCCGACAAUGUGGGUUCGAAUCAGCUCCAGAACAUUCGCAAAGGUCUUCGAGGUGACUCAGUUGUUCUCAUGGGUAAAAAUACAAUGAUGAAACGGUCCGUCCGUAUGCACGCUGAGAAAACCGGAAACCAGGCUUUCCUUAACCUUAUCCCCUUGCUUCAGGGAAAUGUUGGUUUGAUUUUUACCAAGGGUGAUUUGAAGGAAGUUAGUGAGGAAGUUGCCAAGUACAAGGUUGGAGCUCCUGCUCGUGUUGGUCUGGUUGCACCCAUUGAUGUGGUUGUCCCACCCGGCAACACUGGGCUUGACCCUUCACAAACUUCUUUCUUCCAGGUUCUUAAUAUUCCAACCAAGAUUAACAAGGGUACUGUUGAAAUUAUCACUCCUGUGGAGCUUAUCAAGAAGGGCGACAAGGUUGGGUCUUCUGAGGCUGCACUUCUUGCCAAGCUUGGAAUUAGGCCCUUCUCAUAUGGUCUUAUUGUAUUGUCUGUUUAUGACAAUGGCUCUGUUUUUAGCCCUGAGGUGUUGGAUCUUACCGAGGAUGACCUGAUUGAGAAAUUUGCUACUGGUGUCUCCAUGGUUACUGCAUUGUCUCUUGCCAUCUCAUACCCGACCCUUGCAGCUGCACCACACAUGUUCAUCAAUGGCUACAAGAAUGUCUUGGCUGUUGCAGUUGCAACAGAGUAUUCUUUCCCUCAGGCUGAUAAAGUGAAAGAGUAUUUGGCGGAUCCAAGCAAAUUUGCCGUUGCUGCUGCCCCUGUUGCUGCUGGUGGUGGUGCUGCUCCGGCUGCUGCUGCCCCUGUGGAGGAGAAAAAACCAGAACCAGAAGAAGAGUCUGAUGAUGAUAUGGGAUUCAGUCUCUUUGACUAAGUUUGUCUUUAUUAGUAGAAAGAUUCAGGAUUAGAAGACUUGAGAAAAAUCUGAGAACGUUACGAGUUGUUCAUCGUAGUUUUGUUUUGAUGUGGUUGCUUUGGAAGUUUUGAGAAUUCACAAGUUUUUUUGCAGCUUUUGUUAAUGCUCAAAUGCUAACGGUUGAUUA